GUUCGAGCGGAGCCUCACGACACAUCGCAGAGCAGUCCACGCGACGGCAUCGGCUCGUUAAAAUGUACAAAUGCGUCAAGAGCAUCGACCCGGCCCUCUUGAUCGAGGAAGUCAAGAAGAGACAGCUUCUCUAUGACAGCAGAGCGGGCGUUGUGUGCUCGGAACGUAGACGCAGCUCGUGGUACGAGAUUUGCGAAAUUUUCAUACAGAACUUCCGGUUCAUGUCGAGGGUGGAGAAGGAGAACAUAUGCCGGGAAAUGCAGUCUAGAUGGAAAGCCUUGAGGGACAGUUACAGAAGAACGAUGAGAUUGGAGGAGCGAGAUAAGCGACUCGGGUUGAAUCCAAGUCGGAGGACCAAAUAUUACUAUUUCGACCAACUUAGCUUUCUGGCAGAGCACUGUGGACCGAAGGGGGGUAAAUACAAGCAAGAAGAAGAUAACUCUGACCACCAAGACUCCAACGGUUCAGCUACCAUGGACUCAGAAGACCCCAACACUUACAUGCAAUACCAUUACUUACCAGUGGAGGCUCAGGUAGAUACUUCCUUGGAUGAACCUACAUCUAAGAGAGUUAAGACAGAAGAGACUCCGUUAGUAUUGUCAGAACGCAUGGUAAGAGUUCUGGAGGACUUGACGGAUAUCAAGAAGAAGGAGCACGAGGAUAAUGCCAUGGGCAACAAGCACUUCUUGCUGUCCUUGCUGCCUUUCAUGGAGGAGCUUUCCAACGAGGAUAACCUGCAAGUAAGGGUUCAUUUCAUGAAUGUUUUGCAGACUUAUAGGAAGGCGACUGUUAAGAAGGAAGACUGAUAUUGGCGCUUUUGUGGGUCCAAAAAGUAUACCUAUAUUUUAUUAAUUGAAUUCGCUAAGCGAGUGGGUAUCUUGAGUUAUGUUUUAAUGGUGGCGUCACCUCUUAUUUUUUGUAUAAUAGUCUUUUUGGAUCUUCUUUUCACUUAAGAGUAUGUAAGGAUACGUUUUUAAAUUACAAUUUCCAUUAUUGUACUGUAGAUACGAGUUAUAUUUUUAUACGAAGUUGAUUAGAUGAGUUAUUGUUAAAAAAUUGCGAUAAUAAAAAUGCAUUCCUAAAGGUUCAGUCCUAGAUAUUUUCUCUUGACAAAUGUUAAGUUUCAUUAUUAACUUUUGAUUAACAAGUAAUAUGAAAUUGAGAUAAUGUUGAUAAAAUGAGUGAUACUAGACUAUUUUCAAUAAAUUUGUAUGAAAUG